ACCGUGCCCGGAGCCAUGUUGGCGGCCGGCGGGUCGGCGCUGCGCACCGCGCUGCGGCGGGCGGCGCCCGGCGGCCUGGCCGCGCUGCACGGCUCGGCCGGCCGCUGCCGCCCCGCCCGCGUCGCUGUGGUCUUGUCUGGUUGUGGUGUCUACGAUGGCACAGAAAUUCAUGAGGCCUCAGCCAUACUGGUACACCUUAGUCGUGGGGGAGCUGAGGUUCAGAUGUAUGCUCCAGAUGUUCCUCAGAUGCAUGUAAUUGACCACAGUAAAGGGCAGCCAGCUGAAGCUGAGUCAAGAAAUGUUUUGGUGGAAUCUGCAAGGAUUGCUCGUGGUAAAAUCACAAGCCUGGCUAAACUUACUACAACAGACCAUGAUGCUGUGAUAUUUCCUGGUGGAUUUGGAGCUGCUAAAAACUUAUCUACCUUUGCUGUUGAUGGGAAAGAUUGCAAGGUGAAUAGUGAAGUUGAACGUGUCUUGAAAGACUUCCACAAAGCAGGCAAACCUAUUGGUCUUUGCUGCAUUUCACCAGUGCUGGCAGCAAAGGUUCUCUCUGGUGCUGAAGUAACUGUGGGGCAUGAAAAAGAAGAAGGUGGCAAGUGGCCUUAUGCUGGAACUGCAGAAGCCAUUAAAGAACUGGGAGGAAAACACUGCAUCAAAGAAGUAACUGAAGCUCAUGUGGAUACAAAGAACAAGGUGGUAACUACCCCAGCAUUCAUGUGUGAAACAGAAUUACAUAACAUCUUUGAUGGCAUUGGGGCUAUGGUGAAGAAUGUGCUAAAGUUAACUGGCAAGUAAAGCAGCUAUUUCUAAAAGUAAAACUAUAGAAAUGUUUAAAUUUAGGGUAUAGUAUCAAAAAAAAAAAAAAAAAAAAAGGGACUAAUGGAAACAUUUUCACCUGUUUUUUUCCUGUUCAUGCCCUAAGAGCUGAUAAAGAGCUGAUUGAUUCCCAGCUGUGGGGAUUUCCAUGUGUUUUCCAAGAGAGGGGCCUGCAGAAUGGCUCACAGAGUAUGAGCAGUCUGCCCUGAGACACAGAGCAUUUUCUUGAGCUUUUGCAGCUGGAGAGAGCUGUGUGGACAUAUUCAGAAACCGGUCAUCACAUGGUGCCAGUGUCAAAUCUUUUCAGUGAGGACAAAAAAGACUAAAGGCCUUUCCAGAGCUGAGUGCAGAUGUGGUGUAGGGGCAUAGCAGAUGGAGUGGCAGUGUAUCUAGUGGGCUAAGAAUGGAAAUAGAGAGGCAGGAGUGCAUGGUUCAUGGUUUAGGCAAUUGGGCCCAUAUCUGUAAACUAAAAGCCAGAGUCAACUGUGACAUAGCCAAGGGAACAGACAUCUUCCACAUCCUAAUGUUACCUCAACAUUACUUAAAACAUUUGUGUUCUAUUUUUCCAUUUUAAAGAACUGCUUUCUACAAAGCAGCCAUUUUGAAUGUUAGCAGCAGGAUACGUCUUAUCUAUCACAGUACUAGCACUUUGAAAAAUCCAUUGGCCCAUUAUAAGUGAAAAAGGUCUUGAAAUGAAAGAGAAAAUAAUCCGCUGAUGUGACGCACAAUUUUUUAGGAUAAUAUCGCUGUUAAAGUAGUUGCAUGAUUAACAGUGGACAAAAAACAAAUCUCAAGUUAUCCUCACUUUCCUCGCUUUAGGGUAAUAAAGCUUUCUCCAAAGAAAUAUUGAAUGUCUGGAAAAUGAUGUCUAAAUAAAUUUAAUUUCUGCCUUUA